GUCUUAUCUGAAACCUUCAUUGGUGGCAUUCACAGUAGAUGGUAUCUAGUGUAAUCUUUGUAUCCAGCGACAACAUUAUUGAAAAUGCCAAGAAAGCCUCCUGUUCCUGCACCUAGAGCAAAGGGACAAAGCCAGGCAAAGCAAGGAGACAUACGUUCAGAUGAAUUCUCAGAUGAUAUGCCCAUGAAACAGGAUAAGAUGCCACCACCAGUUCCACCUAAAGUCUACAAACUUGUCAGAUCAGUUGGGCAAGCUCUACCUGGCAUGGUGCAAUCCUACUCUCUGUCUGAAUCUGAUGGAAAGAGUGGAGGACAGGACUUUACCUUGCAGGAGAAUAAUGCAGAGGAUUGCAUCAGAUCGCUGACAUUGCAGUGUGCAAGUCAAACUUCCAGUAAUAAUGGGACGAUAAUUAGUCAAAGAAUUAUGAUGUUGACUCAGCAGACUUUGCAUGUGGAUUCUCAUCAGUUGUAUCAGAGAAGCUUUUCACUUCCGGCGCAGAGCUCAGCUCAGAGUCAGCAGGAUGAAGAGCCUCCUGUUCCUGCACCUAGAGCAAAGGGACAAAGCCAGGCAAAGCAAGGAGACAUACGUUCAGAUGAAUUCUCAGAUGAUAUGCCCAUGAAACAGGAUAAGAUGCCACCACCAGUUCCACCUAAAGUCAACAAAAUUGUCAGAUCAGGUGGGCAAGCUCUACCUGGCAUGGUGCAAUCCUACUCUCUGUCUGAAUCUGAUGGAAAGAUGGAAAGAGGACAGGACUUCACUGUGCAGGAGAAUAAUGCAGAGGAUUGCAUCAGAUCGCUGACACUGCAGUGUGCAAGUCAAACUUCCAGUAAUAAUGGGACGAUAAUUAAUCAAAGAAUUAUGAUGUUGACUCAGCAGACUUUGCAUGUGGAUUCUCAACAGUUGUAUCAGAGAAGCUUUUCACUUCUGGCGCAGAGCUCACCUCAGAGUCAGCAGGAUGAAGAGGACAAUGAAGACUUCAUGGUGUGGUGGCACUCAGAGGAACCCUGGAAGGAAUAUCCUGACACAAAGGAAAAUGAUGUAAUAACGUUCACACAAAAAGCCAAAAAUCUUAAAAAUGCUGUUAAGGUAUAUGAUUACCUCCUUUCUGAGCAUGGAGCGAAUCUGCUGGGUCACAGUUUACAACUAGAGGAAGUGGCCAAUAGCAUUGACAAGGUCCAUAAGGGAGUGAAGAUAGCAGGUAUUACUGGAGGAGCUGCAGGGGCAGUAGGGGUUGCAGCUGCUGUUGGAGGUAUCAUUCUUGCCCCACUGACUGCGGGGGCUUCAUUAGCAGUGACUGCAGUUGGAGUUGGAGUUGCAGCUGCGGGAGGAGUCACUGGAGCCUCAGCUGCCAUCACCAACAAAGUCCACACCAAUAUGGACAGGAAGAAGGUGGAAACAAUCCUGCAAGAACACUGUACACAUAUAGAGGAAAUCGAGAAAUGUGUCAAAGUUAUUGGCACAAAUAUCGAGGGUCUGAAGAAAUACAACCUGUCCACAUUAAAGGGGGUGGAUUGGACAGCAGUGAAGAUGGCUAGAAUGGCAAAUACGUUAGGAGACAGUGUAGGAGUGAUUGGUGCAGUCAGCAAGUCCUCAGGGAUGAUCCAAGGCUUUUCAUUGGGCAUGGACAUGUACUUCAACAAAGAAGACUCCAAACAAUUGAAGAAAGGCUCAGAAACCAAAUUUGCCAAGCAAAUCCGCAAGAUCUCAAAGAACAUGCAGACCAGCCUUGAUGAGCUGAUGGCAUUUAAAACAGCGAUAAAUUCUAAAGAUGUGUAGAACCCAAUUUUUUUUUAACUACAUUUAAUGUACUAACAUGUUUAAGUUUAAAAAGGUAUGUUGUUUUAAAGCUGUGAAAUUAAAUUAAGUUCAUACUACAUGUUCAUAACUUAUUUAAAAUUGACAUAACCCAGUAUGCAUUUUGUGCCUGAAAACAUCAUGUAAUUUAUGUUCAUUUGCUCUCAUAUACCCGACUAACACUAGGAUGUUUGCUCAUGAAUUAAUCAGAAAUAAAGUAUCAUGUACUUAAACCCUAUUUACUAUUCGCUUGAAUCUGCCUUGAUGCCAAGCUUAUUAUGUUAGAUAUUGGAAUUGAUGCUAAUCUAUACAGCCACUAGCAAAGAAAACAGGCCUCGUGUGCAGUUUCUGAGAUUCUAACUGCAGU